UCAGUCUCAAGCCUUGGUCGACUUCACACCUCUCCCGUGUUACUUCUCUUGCACUAUGGAAAUCUUGAAAAUUCUCCUUAUGGUGAGUCUGGCAGCGUGCGUCACCAGCCGCCCUUUGGAGGAAGAUGCCGAGACUGUGGCCACUGAAAUCACGCCAGCGCCUCCUUCAGCCCCUAGGCCAGGUCAAGGCUCCUUCCUCGGCGAGGUCAUGGUCACGUCGGAGGAUGUGACCGUGAAGAGAACGCCAAAAGGGAAGAAGAAGUCUCCGAAGUCUUCCCAGGAGGGUCCUCGGGCAUCCGCUCUCGUGGCCGCGCCGGAAGUCAGCGAUCCCGAAGCGGUCGUGGGCAUAGCAGUGGGCACGGGGAAGGCCUUCGACGUCGGAGUAAACACGGGAUAUGUUCUCAACGAUGGCUCUCCUGGAAUUAGUAUUUCGGGGGCGACUCUAACGUUUAAUCGCCCAGCACAAGUGAUUCCAGUUUCCUCUUGAGUGUUCUUGGUUUAGAAUGUCAGGCAAACAUAUCAUAUCGGGUUGUUUUUUUUUAUGUUGUUUUAACUGUGUGUUUUAGGUUAAGUUCGUCCUUAGGUUGAGAAGCGUUUCGGGAGGAAGAAUCUCGUGUUUUUGGUAGAAUAGAUUUUUAAUUUUUCGGUUAUUUGGAUCUUGUGAUGUAGCCCAGAUCUACCUUAGGAAUGUUCGUGUUUUCAGUAUUAGAUUAUUAUUGAUAUCGACGGGGGAUCGAACCAUGUUUUUAAACUUGAAAGCUUUAUUUAAUAAGUAAACCAUUGUGUCGAACCUGUUCUAUUUUUUCUAGAUUAAUGGAGUAGCAGUAUAAACACUGAUUUAAAACUGUGACC